AACUUAGAAAAGUUAAACAUUUGUAUAUAUACCUUAUCGCCUUCGUAGGUAUCUGAUCGAAGACCUUAUAUAUCGAGGCCAUGAGCACGCAACUUCCAACUUAUAGCUAGCCUCCGUCUACACACGCGCGUGCUCAUGUCAACAGCGCCGCGACAGAGCCAGCAGCAGCGCCACCGGAGGCUCCGGCUGCGGCGCGUGUUCGACCUAUUCGACUGCGAUGGCGACGGCAUCAUCACUCAGGCCGAGCUGUCAGGCGCGCUAGGCCGCCUCGGUGUCGCCCUCGGCGCGCAGGCGGGCGCGCUGGACUCGGUCGUCGCCUCGUACAUUGCGCCGGGCAUGCCGGGCCUACGGUUCGCGGACUUCGAGGCGCUCCACGACGAGCUAGACGGCGGCGAAGGCGAAGGGCCGGAGGAGGAGGACGAGGAGAGCGAGAUGAGGGAGGCGUUCGCGGUGUUCGACGAGAACGGCGACGGGUACAUCUCCGCGGCGGAGCUGCAGGCCGUGCUGGGGCGGAUGGGGAUGCCGGAGGCAGGGAGCAUGGCGCGGGUGCAGGACAUGAUCGCCGCACAUGACCGGGACAGCGAUGGCCGAGUCGACUUCCAGGAGUUCAAGGCUAUGAUGGCUGACGGUAAUGGCGUGUAGGCUUAGCUAAUCGAGAACUGGAUUUCUCGUUCAAAGCCAUGCGUGUGUUCUUUUUUUUUUUUUUUUUUUGAGAAGCCAUGCGUGUGUUCUUGUGUAUAUAGUCUUGUAGCCUUUUGUAAUCAAACGUCUCCCGGUGGGCAAUUAGGAUUUCUUCUUUAUUUAGGGUUGUGUGUCUAACUGUAUAAUUCAAGUUGUUUUACAUUUUCUUGUC